GCGUAAAAUAGAUGAAUCAGUGGCCCUCCCGUUUUUUUGAGGUGCGGUUUUUGUUGAUAACAUUUAUUACAAAUAUACACCAAAUAUUCAUUUAAGAAAUUCCUGUAAAAAGCUAUAAUGGAUAAAUUACCACCUUGUGUUAUCGAUGUUGGCACUGGUUAUACAAAACUGGGAUUUGCUGGUAACAAAGAGCCCCAGUUUAUAAUUCCAUCGGCAAUUGCAAUAAAGGAGACUGCUAAAAUUGGCGAGCAGACGACUAGAAGGUUAGGUAAAGGUGUAGAAGAUUUAGAUUUUUUUAUUGGUGAUGAGGCUUUCGAUGCUACAGGAUAUGCAGUCAAGUAUCCUGUCCGUCAUGGAUUGGUAGAGGAUUGGGACUUGAUGGAGAGGUUUUUAGAGCAAUGUAUCUUUAAGUACCUGCGUGCUGAACCAGAAGAUCAUUAUUUUUUAUUAACCGAACCUCCACUAAAUACUCCCGAGAAUAGAGAGUAUACUGCCGAAAUUAUGUUUGAAAGUUUUAAUGUUCCUGGAUUGUAUAUAGCUGUUCAGGCAGUAUUAGCAUUAGCUGCCAGUUGGACGAGUAGAAGUCACGAGGAUAGGACUCUUACUGGUAUUGUUAUAGACAGUGGAGAUGGUGUUACACACGUAAUUCCUGUAGCUGAGGGAUAUGUCAUCGGAAGUUGUAUAAAGCACAUCCCUAUCGCAGGUCGCAAUAUAACUUAUUUCAUUCAGUCGCUUCUGAGGGAGCGGGAAAUCGGUAUUCCACCGGAACAGUCGCUUGAAACGGCCAAAGCCAUCAAAGAGAAAUACUGUUACAUCUGUCCGGACAUAGCGAAGGAAUUUGCCAAAUACGACUCAGACCCCGCCAAAUGGAUGAAAAAAUUUGACGGCGUGAACUCGGUGACCAAACAAAAUUUUUCAGUCGAUAUCGGCUAUGAAAGGUUCCUAGGACCGGAGAUAUUCUUCCACCCGGAAUUUUCGAAUCCCGACUUCAACAUUCCCCUGUCUCAGAUCGUCGACGACGUCAUUCAGAACUGUCCCAUCGACGUGAGGAGGCCGCUCUACAAUAACAUCGUGCUUUCCGGCGGAUCCACGAUGUUCAAAGACUUCGGCCGACGCUUACAGAGGGAUAUUAAGAAAACGGUCGACGCCAGACUGAAACAGAGCGAAGAUUUGGGAGGAGGACGUUUGAAACCUAAACCAAUCGAUGUCCAAGUAGUCUCUCAUCAUAUGCAAAGGUAUGCCGUGUGGUUUGGAGGAAGUAUGUGGGGUUCGACCCCCGAAUUCUAUCCGAUGUGUCACACGAAAGAGGCCUACGAAGAAUACGGCCCGAGCAUCUGCAGGCACAAUCCAGUGUUCGGAACGAUGACAUAAGAUCGACUUAAAUUUGUAUUAUAUUUACGUUUCUCCAAGUUUUAUAUAUAUUGUAAGAAUUUAAACGAGUUCGAGAAUUAAAAGAAAGACCGUUUAUGAUUUUU